CCUCUCAGCCUCUGAGGAUGCCUGCCAUAGAUGUGGGCGAAACGUCAGGAGAGAAUGCUUCUGGAACUUGGCCAUACAGCCCAGAAAACUCACAACAACCCAAUGCUACUGUGCUUUUCAAAACAUUCUGGAGACUGGAUUCAGCCGGGCGUUCAUGGGAAGCAGCUACACUGUAGAAUGAAUGCAGUUUGACUCCACUUUUAAGUGCCGUGGAAACGUGGGAGUUGCAGUUUUACAAGUUCCUCCGCCUUCUCUGCCAAGGAGUGCCUGGUGCCUCAUCAAACUACAUCUCUCAUGAUCCCAUAAUGCCAUGACACCAUCCCGAGUGGGAGAUCCCUAGCCACCAGUGUUGCAGCGCCCCUCUUCCGAAAGGGAAAUCCAUGCCAAGUUCCUGCGCGAGGCAGUUUGGAAGAGUGGAUUGGAAGAGGGUGUUUUCCGAAGGGAAAGGGAAGCCGAGCGGACUUCACUGGCAGGAUCAAUUCCUUCCCGUCUCAACUUUCCUGAAGUUUGUCUGAAACUUGUCAAGGAUCAAACUUUGCUUUUUCCCCAGGCAACUUUUCACUGUCACCUGAAAAAGUGAUGGGCUCCAGCGAGCGAGAAAUAGUAGUGUGGGUUUGCCAGGAUGAGAAAAUUGUAAGUGGGUUGACCAAGCGCACAACUUGCCUUCAGGUAAUUGAAGCUUUGCUUGAAGAACAUCAGGCUACCUUUGUGGAAAAGAAGUUUCUCUUUGGGCAGCCCAAGGAUUACUGUAUUGUUGAAAAAUGGAGAGGAUCUGAACGGGUCCUUCCACCUCUCACCAAAAUGCUGAGGCUUUGGAAAGCCUGGGGGGAAGAGCAGCCGAAUCUGCAAUUUGUCUUGGUCAAGGCAGAUGCUUUCUCCCCAUUCCCAUUAUGGAAGACAGCUGAAGCCAAGAUAGUACCAAACCUAGAAAGACACUUGGACCUCAGCCCAGCCAAUUACAUGAAGAUGCUGCCAGUGGACAAGCAAAAGAGAAUUGUUAGGAAAACUUUUCGAAAGCUUGCAAAACUGAAACAGGAAGGAGUUCUGCAAGAGAGGGACAACAUAGAAACCCUGAUUCAUUUGAUUCUCUCUCAAGAUCACACCAUUCACCAACAAAUCAACCGCUUGAAGGAACUUGAUUUGGAAAUUGAACAGUGUGAAGCCAAGUGUCACUUAAAUCGGCUUGAAAGCGAUGGGGAAAAUUAUGUUCAAGACUCUUACCUAAUGGCCACUCCUGGUGAUGUAGAACAUCAAAGGAACAUGUCCAUCACUCAACCACAGAUGCUGGAAAGCCCAUGCAAAGGUGAGAAUAUUUUACAAGUGGAGGAAGAGCUAAAACACCACAAGCUGUUGAUUGAAAAGCUUUCUGCAGAAAUUGAAAAAGAGGUUAAAGAAUUCGAAAAAAAUGGAAACACGUGGACAGAGGAAGCCUGUAAUAAUGAAAUGGAGAAUCAUGAUGUUGGCAGUGUCAAGAAUGAGCUGGAAAAAAGUAUGAAAGAUGCAUUAAGGAUCCAUUCACAAAUGAAUUACAUCCAGCAGGAACUAAAGUACAGGGAUUUGAUGGUUCAGAAGAAGGAAAGAGAGUAUGAACAACUUGUGGAUGAGCUUAAUGAUUUUCACGUUAAAGAUAAAACUGAAUGCAGGUACUCACCCAGUGAGGAACAAGUGAAGGACAAUGAAAUAGCAACCAAGAGUUUUACAGGAACAGACCUUCUUCACAAAGUGACUAAUUUAGACAUAAACGAUACAGACUCUGACACUGGGAUCAGUUCUACUCAUAGUCAGGAUUCAGAAACGGCAAUAGGAGACAUGUUGUUGCUGUCCACAUAGCUAUAGACUUUCUUUUACUCAAAACAUAUCCAUUCCCUGGAGAGACAUGGUUAUGUAUGUAGAUAAAUGGUAUCUCUUUAUGGGCCAUAUUGUCAGAGUGUAAGAGCUUCCAAGAUAGAAAACAUAUAUCAUAAAACUCCGAAAUAGAGGUGAUGCAAAUAAUAUACCCAUAUUUGCUCGAGUCUAGUGCACCAUCUAAUCCAAUGUACAUCUACAUUUUCAAAACCCUGAAACCCAAAAAAAGUAUUUACCAUAUUACAUAAAUCUAAUAUGCACCCUAAUUUGGGGAAGAUAAUUUAGUCAAAAAAAAGGUGAGCAUUAGAUUCGAAUAAAUAUGUUAAUGUUGGUAUAAUAAUAGCUUAUGUAGAUCAGGGGUGGAUGCUUUGCAGGCCUCCAGCUGCUGUUCAUGUGAAACUCACUAUUUAUCACUACUGACUAUGCCAGCCAGGACUGCUAUUAAUUGAAGUUGAACAGUUUCUGGAGGGUCAUUGCAUGGCCAUUCCUGGUAUAGAUGUGGAGCAUUUGAAAUGCAUUUGAUAAAGAAAACACUAGCCAGACCAUGGUGGUCUUGAAAUUGAAUUCCCCUAUGUAAAAAUCAUCCCCCAAAGUAUUUUGUAGUAGUACCAGUUCUGUCAGCAGUAUUGCGCCUCUUUCUUUUGUGCACCAUUCCCUUGCCAGUGCAGUGGAUGUUAAUAGAUAAGGACAUGACAACCUUUCUUAUUCCAUAAUCUGAAAGUGUGGCUAACAAAAAGUAACAAUAUGGAUAUAAAAAGUUGAGGACAUUUUGUUAUGCAUUUUAUAACCAGUUCAUUAUGAAUAUUUAGUGAUACAUAUUUUAACCAUCACAUUAUUGUAAAACUUGGAUCGUGACUAUGACUAGUAAUAGGAACAGGAUGGAGGAAUCUCUCCCCCCUUAUUUUUUUUAAAAAAAUCAAUGACUUCCUAUGUAACCAGGAGAUACAAAACAAUUCUGAGGCAUUGCAACACUUCUGAGAAACAGUGCCACUUUCUGAACUCUUUUUGCCAGAACAUUAGUUACAUUAUAUGCUUCUAUAAAAUUAAAUUUUAUUUCUUUGUAAGGGCCCUUCCAGACAGGCCCAGAAUUUGGGACCUAUCUCACUUUUACCUGAGGCAACCAAAUGACGCCUCAGGUAAAAGUUAGUGAAUGUAGAGAAAACUGGGGUUUCCCUGUUUGCUGCACAUUAAUUAAACACUUGGAUAGAUCUGGACCUUAAGCUAAUGUCAGGAUCUUUCUAAGUGUGGGCUCUGUGGGGAUUGACUCCUGGAACCGCAUUUUGCGAUCCCAGGGAUCAAUCUCCACAGCCAUCCUGGUUCUUUGGACUCCUGGAGCCUGAAGGAGUGGGAGGGCACACACCUCCUCCCCAGUCCCCCCCCCAAAAAAAAACUUUCUGGAGGGUCUGCAGGCAAUGCAGUUUCCUCUACACAGUCCUCCUAACACUUGAAAAUGAGGGAUUUCCCUCCUUCUCACUUCCUGAUGUGUCUCUACAAAAGCCUCAACAAAGGGGCCUGCACUGCCAGCAGGUCCCCUCAGGAAAGCUGGGGGGUGGGGCGGGGGCAGGGGGGGGGAAGUAGGGCUGAGGGAUGGCACUCCCCAAGGUAAACCCUGGAGUUAUGGGUUUUAAGUAAUCGUAGAAGGCUCCUAAGUGUGAUGCACAUUUGACAGAAGAACAACUUUUCUGUUUUUGAGUAAAAGGGAAAUUGGACUUUAUUUUACAGUGCCAUAGGAAUGGAUGAUAACCUAAUAGUGUCACUUUUAUGUAAACGUUCUAUAUUUACAUAUAAUAGCAAAACAAGAAAAGUUGAAUUAACUCCUGAAUGUUUUUGAUUGGCAUAUCAAAUUGGAAGUCACAGCUCGUCAACCCAUAGGCAUGUGAUUGUAAAACAUGGUUGCCCUCUUUGGAUAAGGCUGAGAAAGGUUGCUUUUAGAAAACAAAUAAAAGGCUGCAUUUAAGACUUCAUAAAUAGAAGUAUAUUUUUUUGCUUUUGAGAUUUCUUCUUCCUUACCAUUUGAUUUGGUUUCUCUCUCUCUCUUGUGUUAAAUUGACUGCCGUGUUUUUUAAAGAAAAAACUUUAAAUAUGACACGGAAAUACAUUUUUUCCUGAAUUUUUAAAACUACUUUUAUAUGUUAUGAAGAGAUUUUUCCAUACAGAUUUUCUAUUGACUGCUGCAUUUAAAAAAUGUGGCUGCAUCAUUUGAUAUUAUAUUGAAUGCUUUUCUAAUUAUUGAGUUCUCUAACCUACUGGUUCCUAGUGGAAACCUGGAUGAAUAGCAAACAAGCUAUCAUAGAUGUGUAAUAAUUUAUUAAUACUUUUGAACAUAUUUUUAUACUUUGUCUGACAUGUGGUAUAAUUGUCAAAUCUCUUAUGUUUAAAAAAUAGGCUAUCAUUAUUUAGUUAUUUGAAGUAUCCCCAUGGUUCACAUAUUAUUUUAAAAGAUCAUUUUCAGGUGUUCAGUACUAUACAAGUUGCAAAUUGGUAGUACCUCUUAAGUAUCGUUGAAAUGUGAAUGAGAAUUAAAUUAGAGAAUAAAUUUGUGGGUUUCUUAGGCUGAAUACAUUUCAGGUGCACAUUAGGCCUGAUUUCCCCCUCUUCAAUUGUAAAGGUUAAUGCUUUCUUAAUCACAAUGAUGUAGAAUGCAAGCUGCAGGCCAAUUCCCCAGUUUGUGCCCUAUUGAAACAAAUCAGACUCAAAUAAAAGUGCUCACGCACUGUUCUCACUCAUUUUAAUAAGAAAGUGGGUUCUACUGAAUUUUAAACACUUCUUGGGUUUUAAGACUUGGCAUGUAACUUGAUCAUGCUGAAUUGUAUUAUUCUUAGUAGUAACUGACACACAGUAUUGUACUCUUAACAUAAGACAUUAAGUGAAAGUAAACUCUAUCGAAAUCUGACCACAUAAUCUGCUUUGCCAAUAAGUCACAUGAUCCAUAUGCACAUGGAAGUUGCAGAGUUUUGAGUUAAGGAAAUAACUUUUAGGAAUGAGAUGAAGGAAAGGUUUGAGUGUUCAUUAUUCUCACAUGUGUGGUACUGCUAACAGGGUAGAGAAAUACUCUAUUCAGCUAUUAUGAUUUGGCAAGUUUGCAGAAGUAAGUAGAGACAUGGUUACCAUUUCACCUAAGGCUAGUUGCUUAAGACCCAUUGAAAUCUCAGAUCUAGCUGUGACUAACUUGCCCAGUGUUAUUUCAUUAGUAAUUAAGUACAAGUAAUAUAAAUUGGUUUGGGGCCAGAGGCUGAAACUUGUUCAUUAAUAAUAAUUGUGGUUGUCUGUGUUCUGUUGUAACAUGUACACAAUCAUUCAUUAAGCUUUAUCACUAUGUAUCCCCAUACUAAGAUGUUUAAAUUAGACUAUUGACGUAUCAUCCAAUAACUCUUAUUACCUGGACUACUGCCUCAAAAUUGAAUUAAUGUCAAGUUGCAUCAAAAUGUACAUGAUCAGUCACUCAAAUUGUGCUGUACACAGUUUUCAGAAUAAAGUGAAUUUGCAAAAAUAA